ACAAUUUUUGAGUGAGAAUACUGGGGCCAAGUCAAACAAAUCGGAGAAACUAAAAAGGAUAAGUGGAAAUUUAAUGGGAUUUGUACAAACAAAUGUCUUAUUGUAAAUUGUCAAAUAUUUUAUGAUUUUUCUUGAACAUCAGUUCGGAAAGUCGCCAAAUUGUCCAGCUCGUUAAAUAUCACAAGUUCCGAAAUUUUUAUUAAGGUUUUUCCAACAAUCUUGAAUUGUUCGGUUGAGAAAAACAUUUUUACGAAGGAAAUUAGAUCCAAGAUUUACGUUAAAGUUUAACAAAAAGGGGAAAAAAAUAAAAAAGCAAGAAACUCGCCAUGGCUAGCUCUGCAGCAUGUCGCAUAAAGCGCGAAUUCAAAGAAUUAAUGUGCGAUGAAGCGUUUGUACAAAAUUCAAAUAAAUUAGAAUUGGUCGAUGAUUGUUGGACCGAAUUACGCGGAGAAAUAACUGGACCCUCCGGAACACCUUAUGAGGGUGGUAAAUUUCUAUUGGCAAUCAAAAUACCGGAAAGGUACCCCUUCGUUCCACCAAAUGUGCGCUUUAUCACCAAAAUCUGGCACCCAAAUAUAUCAUCAGCUACGGGUGCCAUUUGUCUAGAUAUUUUAAAAGAUAACUGGGCGGCUGCGAUGAGUUUGCGCACGGUUCUAUUAUCGUUGCAAGUUCUAUUAGAUGCCCCCGAACCGGAUGAUCCGCAAGAUGCCGUGGUAGCUUAUCAAUAUAAAAAUAAACGGCAGAUAUAUGAAAUGACAGCUCAACAUUGGACCAAUGUUUACGCAGGCGGUCCUCAUAGGCAUCCGGAUUGUGACGAAAAAGUUCAAAAUUUAAAAGAUAAAGGCAUUAAUGAAAAUGAAGCUCGAGCUAUUUUAUCUAAAGAGGACUGGUGUUUGAAAAAAGCAUAUAAAGAAUUUUCCUUUUAGAUUUAUUAAACCUGGAAAGUUUCGGCCUCGCGACUCAAUCAACUCAAUAACAGAAGUGAUCAUAUACCUUAGUAACUGAAAACUCCGAGUGACACUCAGAGAAAAGAAAUAAAACAAACGGACCGAAUGUGCUUUAAGUAUUUAUUAAUAUAAUAUUUUUUUUUAUGUCCUCAUCGUUUUUAAUAACAUUUACUUUGUAAUAAUAUUCGUAUUGUUUUACCGUCCAUUAAAGGU